ACCACAUCUGUGUAGAAAGACGAAGGUCGUCGUUCAUACGAAAAUAAGCGUCAUUUUUAGAGUUGUUGUUUUGAAAACACUGGCGAUGGAGAACAAGGAUUUAUCUGCACGAUGGAUCUCCGUUAUAACAUUGUUUGUUGUGAUCAACUGUUUUGUUCCAGUCCGAUGUGGUAGUAACUGUGUUUCGUAUUCUAGUUACUACUAUUGCUAUUACUACGCCGAUACCCAGUAUUAUUACAAUCAUGUUGAAUUCAUAGGAAGAAUAGUUGGUGGUGUAGUCGGUGGGGUGGCUGGACUUGCUAUCUUCAUGUGCUCAAUGACGAUAAUGAUAGUUAAAGUCUGCAAGAAAACAAACCACGAACGAACGAUUGUCCACCCGGCUCAACCGCCUGUCUUCCACAUCAACACAGCACAAAAUACAUCUGGUGAAUCUGAAGGACAACGUUUGGCUGCUUGUCAACAUGACCCGAAUUCAACCCGACUACAUCACACACCUUCAAUCCAGGUACAACCCGUGAUUCAUGGCCAGGAAGAGUUGCAUCAUUUCUGCCAAGGACAGCCCUCACCUGUCAACCAAGUACAGACCACAUUUCCCAGUCAAGGGGAUAUCUCACCUCAAGAUCAAGGACAACUCACAUUUACAAACCAUGGACAUACCACAUCUCCCAAUCACGGAGAGACCUUACUUCAAAAUCAAAGAGAAUUAAUACUUGCCAACUAAGAACAGACCUCACACCACAGUUAAUGACAACCAAACCUUUCCAAGGGACAUAUCUAAAUGUGAUUUUAAAACAUCAAGGAAAACCUCUUAAAGUAAUUCCACUCUCCUGUGAUGUCAUGAUUUUGCAAAAUCAAUGAUUUAUCUAGAUUUAUGCAUGAUAGGAAUAUAAUUUUUUUUGGAGUCUCUUCCUAUAGUUAUUGUAAAAAAAAUCUUGUUAAACAUAAAAUAUUUCAAAAGUCUAAGUUAUAGAUGAAUAAUCAAUGAUACGUUUCAAAAUAUUGAAUACAAGGGCAAUAACUUUGUUUUUAUUGAUUUCUUUAUCAAGUAUAUAAUACAAUAAAUUUCCUUUAUUUUUUAUAGACAUUUUGUAUAUUUUUAUGAAAAUAUAGUUUUAUGAGAUUUUUAUGAAUGCUAUUAUAUCGUCAUAACCAGUUUGUAUGGAAUUUUUAUUACGCUGUUUAAGGAAAAGUGCAAAUUUCUGACGGUGAUACAUGAUUCUGUUUAAGUAAGUAUCACAUUUUAAAAAUUGUGAUGACCUAUGUCUGUCUUUUGAUAAUUUAUUAGUUUAACUCUAAUGAAUGGAAAUAAAUACACAUUUUAAACUUGUAUCAGAUAAAA